UUCCCCCUUGAGGGUGGGGUGCAGAGGCGGAAUGACGCUGGUCUCUCGCUCCAUUUCGGAUCCUGGCUUCCGAGCUGAGAGAUCCAUUUGGCACGCGGGUUUAUAGACUGAUUGUGGAAAAUAGAUCCCAGGUCGCCACCACGCUUUCCUGGGGAGCUGGGGCUCCCACUGUAAUUCUUCUCUCGUGUCUCUAAUUGGACUGAGCUGCUGCUGGGCCAGGCAUUUGACGCGCUUGUUCCCCCAGCACCACACCCCCUCAGUGCCAGCCGGCUUCGUGCCAAUUUAAAUGCUUAUGCCCCAGGCGCCACCCCAGAGUGCGGAGUCGGGCUUGGUGUUGGAAGCUGGGAGUAAGCAGCUUGGGGAAACCCCGUAAAGGGCCUCCAGACCUCAGGCAGAGGCACCUCCACGGACCUGGAGCCGAGGGGGCGGGCCGAGAGGGAGGCCGAGCGGUGCGAGCAUCGGCGCAGCCUUUGUUGGAGGCCUAGGCUGCCGGCUGCCCUGCCAGACCACCCGCCCUCUCUGACUACAGCUGCAGCCUAGAGGGGACUUCCCGACUGGGGAGGGUGAAGCAGCUGGAAGUCUGUCCCAAGGAACUAAUGGGAGUCUCCUGGUGUUUACCGUUGGGGGUGGAGUGGAAGAGAAAGAAUGCUAGUGUCCAAGUGCGGGGACUGAGCCCUGCCAGCUCAACCAUUGAUGCCCAUACUCUAGGGGUCGGACACGGGGUCUUCCCAGGUGAUCCCAUGCACGCCUUGAUCCCCUUGAGGUUUGUCAGGGUCUGUCCAGGCAGUUGAUAAAUAGAACCGGAGUCUAAUUAAGACACCCCUAAUCCCCAGCUGGGCUCCUGCCAGCUCACAUCCACCCUGACUCCCCCUACAUUUCCUCUGCCAGCUCCACCCCCUCAGCUACAGGGACAGGAAACCCCGGGAGCAGCUGCAGCCCAAGAAUAGUGUCUGAUCCAGUCCUUUCAGGCAAGACCUAGGUUUUCAGGCUAAAACUAAAGGGCAGAGGAGAUUUGGACUGGGCCACAGGUCUUUGGAAUACACAUCUGUGAUCUCAGCAGUAGGUGCCGGCACCCGGCCUUCCCCUACUGGAGUGAUGAGGGGACAGUUUGAAGGUCCUGGGGCAUCCUUUGCAAUUCUCAGGGAUAGCUGGGUGGAGGGAUGGCUUUGCCCACACCAUCUCAGUGGGUGCCUCCCUCCCAGGGCCUGAGGCCUAGCCAGCAUCCAAUGGAGGACAAGAAGAAGAAAAGGAGUCCCAAGCCCUGUUUGACCCAGCCAGCCCAGCCCCCAGGCACACUACGCAGGGUCCCAGUGCCCACCAGCCACAGUGGCUCCUUGGCCCUGGGACUCCCUCAUCUGCCAUCCCCCAAACAGCGGACCAAGUUCAAGAGGGCAGGCAAGGAGAAGUGCCGCCCCGUGCUGGCAGGAGGUGCAGGCGGCUCUGCAGGCACCCCCCUGCAGCACUCUUUCCUGACUGAGGUGACCGACGUCUAUGAGAUGGAAGGGGGGCUGCUGAACCUGCUCAAUGACUUCCACUCGGGCCGGCUGCAGGCCUUCGGGAAGGAAUGCUCCUUUGAGCAGUUGGAGCACGUGCGGGAGAUGCAGGAGAAGCUGGCCCGGCUGCACUUCAGCCUAGACGUGUGUGGAGAGGAGGAAGAGGAGGAGGAGGAAGAGGACGGGGUGACUGGCGGGCUACCUGAGGAGCAGAAAAAGACGAUGGCUGACCGCAACCUGGACCAGCUGCUUAGCAAUCUGGAAGAUCUUAGUAAUUCUAUACAGAAGCUGCACCUGGCCGAGAACGCCGAGCCUGAGGAGCCGUCAGCUGUGUAGGUGUAAGACCCAGGCCUUGACUGUCCCUUCUCAUUUCCUUCAAACUGUGACUUUUUUACGGACUCGAGUGGAUGUUUCGCGGCCCCCCCAGGUGCUAUGGGAGAGGGGGGCACUGAAUGGAAUUAAACCAGAAGGAAAGAAAGCGG